AUGUUGAUACCAUGCCCCAGGCAUCCGCUUAAGAACAUGGAACGUGCUUCUGAACAUAGUGCACCCGGCCAGGAUGGCUUUGACAUUUGUGGCACCAGCCAACGGGGUGGCAACAGGCCACCUCCGAAGCACUGCGGGAGCACCUAUUGGCCAGCGCAGUGGGCCCACGGCGCUCCAGAAGGCAUUUCUCCUCCUGCCCUGGCGCUGUGUCGCUGUGUGGCUGCCAUGGGCGGCUUGUUGGAUAAACCUCUGAAGGAGAAGUGCAUCGAGACGGGAGGCGAUGACCGCAUGCAGUGGGUGGCUGCUGAUAUGCAGGGCUGGCGCCAGGACAUGGAGGAUGAGCACAUCGCAAGCACCAAUGCGGGGGAGGAGUUCGCUGGCUGCGGCGUCUACUGCGUCUUCGAUGGUCACGGUGGCAAAGCGGUCUCGAAAUUUUGCAAGCAACACUUUCUCCAGGAGUUUGUGCAGAUGACUAGCACCAUGGGAAAGCCCAAGUUUGGCAAGAACAAGAAUAAGAAAAGACAUUGUGGUGCCCAUCUGGAACCCGUAGAUAUGGAGGAGAUUCUGAAGGAAUCCUUCCACAAGAUGGAUGACAUGUUGCGAGACCCUGCCUUCGCCAAGGAACUCGCGCGCAACGUGGGGAAGGUCCCGGCCGGCGCGGUUGAGGACCUUCAAAAGCAGCUCUCCGAGUUGUCGCAGAAACAACAGAAAGGUCAAGCCACUGUCGCGGAUCAAAGCGAGAUGAAGGACAUGUGCGUGAAGCUUCAGAAGCUCAAGGAAGCGCAGAAAGGGGAUGACUUUGUCCCCGACACCGUGGGCUGCACUGCUGUUUGUGUGCUGCUUCGGAAGCAGGAGAUCACCGCGCUACUCGUUCGGCUCCGCGUUUCGGCAGCGGGGGCGCCUUCGGAGUCGCCGUGGCGUGUUGCCAUGGCGCUGCUGUGGCGCUUGGGCGGAGUGAAGCUCCACCGCAUCACGCUGAACGCCGCUCUGCGCGUCUGUGGCGAAUCACGCGGCGAUGCGUGGAGAACGUGCCUGGCGUUGCUGGGGAUGUCCAGGGCCGAUGUGGUCACCUUCAGCAGCUGUGCGAUGGCCCUGGAGCGGCGCUCCAAGUGGAUGGGAUCUUGCAGCCUUUUGCACCUCCUGCAACGCACGGGAGUGCAAGGAGACAUCGUGGCUUAUGGCACCGGCAUUUCAGCAUGCGCUGUGGGCAAAGCGUGGAAAUUGGCCCUGCGUUUGUUUGAUGACCUGCAUCUUCAACUUCUUCAGGCAAAUGUAGUGGUGGCCACCAGUAUCCUGACCUCCGGCUGCAGCUGGUCCUCCUCCCUGCAGCGUGCCUUGCGGCUGGCGAUCCCCGGCGACGCGCUGCGGGUGGCUGUGGCGGCCAACGUGGGGGCCUGGCGUUUGGCUGCACAGAUGGCGUCCUUUCAGCCGCUGUCUCCUGUGGCGGUGAAUGUGGUUAUCCGUUGCUUCUCUCGGAUGGGGCUGUGGGAGUCGGCGGAGCAUAUCCUGCGCAGCCUCCCCCAGCAGCGGCUCCGCGCCUCCGUCGUCUCCACCUCCGUGGCCCCGGCGCCACGUGCCACGUGGCGCCGAUCGCUGCGAUGGCUGGGCAACGCCCAGCUCCAGAGCUACGUGGCCGUGCUGAAUUGCUGCAGUUGGCAGAACGCUCUUGGGUUGAUGCACCGCAUGCCCGAGAAAGCUUUACAACUGGAUCUGCAGACCCUGAACAGCGUCCUGGUUCUGCUCAGCACCAGCCGCGGGAAGGGCACAGACUUGUGGCGUUUUGGCGCCGUCUUACUUGAGCAGCAAAGCUUGCAGCCAGAUGUGCUGAGUCACCACAGCUUGGCCGUUGCCAUGGAGGUCGACGAAGGCACAGCGCUGAUGCUAAGUCGAGUGCUACUAGACAUGGAAGUCUCGUGUUUGGAGGCCCUCAGGGCAGUUGAGCUUGGCCUGGCAGGCGGUUUCUCGGACGAGUUGGGAAUGGCUGGCGACGUGAUCACGGCCAACGCCGGCGACAGCCGCGCGGUGAUGUGUCGCAAGGGGCAGGCGGUGGAGCUGUCGUAUGACCACAAGCCAGCUUCUGAGACUGAAAAGAAGCGGAUUGAAGCAUCUGGUGGAUGGCUGGAGGACACGGCGGGCGGCGCACGCGUCAAUGGGAACUUGAACCUGAGCCGGGCCAUUGGAGAUUUGGAGUACAAGAAGCGCAGCGAUUUGAAGCCUGAGGAGCAAACCAUUUGCUCCACACCUGACAUUGUCGUGCGAGAGCUCACACCAGAAGACGAGUUUAUCGUCUUAGCUUGUGAUGGCGUUUGGGAUGUCAUGUCCAAUCAGGACAUUUGCGACUUCAUCCGGCCUCGCCUUGAAAAGAGGAUGGAGCUCAAGGACAUCGCCGAGGAGGUCCUCGAACGCUGCUGCUCUGAGGACCCAGCCAAAACAAAUGGCCUGGGCACUGACAAUAUGACCGUGAUCAUCGUAAAGCUCAACGAGUCCUCAACAUGGGCCGUGGGCGCUGAGUCGUAGGCGGUUCAAUCAGGCUACUUCGCAAAAACAGA